AUGCUGCUGCCGCGCGCAGACCGCACCGAGCCGUUCUGGCUCUCUGAGCGCGACGAUGCGGUCGCCGACAUGCAGACGCGGCCUGCGCUGCCGCACGAGGUCGACAUCGUCGUCGUCGGCUCCGGCCUCUCGGGCGCGCUGGCGGUGCAUCACCUCACCAAGGCUGGGGAGCAGAGCGGUGGACAGCAGCAGCUCCUCCUCCUUGAUGCGCAGAGGUUAUGCGAAGGCGCGACGGCCCGGAAUGGGGGCCACUGCAAGCCGCUGACGUACCUGGGCUUCCGGGCAGAGGCAGCGCGGCACGGCGCCAAGACUGCCGACGAGAUGUACUCGUUCGAAGCGGCCCACCUGGCCGCGUACGCCGAGCUGGUGAGAUCGGAGGACCUGGACUGCGACAUGCACGUCACGCGGGCCUGCGACGUCUUCAUGGAUGGUGCCGAUGCCGCCGAGGCCAAGAAGGACUACGACGAGCGCAAGCGGCUGUUUCCGGCAUCGAUGGCGCGCGAUGACGUUCGCGAGGUCAGCGACGUAGACGAGCUAGCCCGCAUGACGGGCAUCAAGGGCGGAAACUCAUCACCAAGCGCGCGCGGCAAGCUCGACGUCUUUACCCACACGCCCGUCCACCGCAUCGACGAGAGUGCACCUGCAGGGCGAGGGUACACCGUCGUCACGGACAAGGGCCCCGUGCGGACGCAGAGCAUCAUCGUGUGUGCCAAUGCAUGGACCGCAGGCAUCUUGCCGCUGUUCCAGGACAAGAUCGUGCCGGUGCGGGGCACCGUCUGCUCCGUGCGGCCGUCUGCGAACCACCGGGUCGGGGCGCAGGAGGGGCAUGGGCCGCUGAAGAUGACGUACGGCAUCCGCCACGGGCCAGGCGAGAUGGACUACACGAUCCCGCGGCAGGGACGGGGCCGCGUGCCGGGCAUGGGCGACCAGAGCAUCAUCCUGGGCGGCGCCAAGGGCGUCUUCAACCGGGACCUUGCUGCCUGGUACAGCAACAACGACGACGCGACGCUCAUCCCAGGCACGCGGGAGUACUUCACGAGCCUGCUGCCGCGCGUCUUCAAAGACUGGAAGGUCCAAGACGGCCAGGGAGAGGUCGAGCGCAUCUGGACCGGUGUGCUGGGCUACUCGCACGACCUGCUUCCCUACGUGGGCCGCAUGGGCCCGGGCCUCUACGUCUCGGCUGGAUUUACAGGCCACGGCAUGCCGCGCAUCCCCGCCUGCUCCGAAGCCGUCGCCCACAUGGCCCUGUCUGAGCUGCGGCAGGGCACAACACCCUCAAAGGCACUUGCCAGCCCGGUGAACCGCAUCCUUGGUGCGCUCGGUGUGCCGGAGCGGGCCGCUGCGCGCGAGUCGAGUCUGUGA